GAAUAUUUAGACCUGAACCGAAUACAACGAUGAGAGGAAACGGAUCAGGGUGGGACAUAUUUCCGACUUCGGGGUCGAACCCGGAGUGGAACGUAUCCUCAACCCUGGAGAGAACCCCGGAGAACGAGUUCCAGGACGACUUGGAGCUUAACCUGAGCAGUUUAGAGUGGAAUAGUACUUCAAACUGCUCUACACCGGAGAUGUAUGAUGAUCUGUUUAAGUAUUCUGGAACAGUGUUCCAAUCCUUUGUGUUCCUUAUAGGAAUUCUAGGGAACAUGAUUGUCAUUAUCACGGUGAUGAACACGAAGUCCCUGCACAACACAACCAACAGCUACUUGGUCUCCUUGGCCCUGGCGGACCUGAUCACCUUGCUCUCCUCCUGCCCCCAGGAGAUCAUAUCCUACCACAUGCUGGGGGACAAAUGGAUCUGGGGACCUGUAGGUUGCUCCAGUAUAAUAUACCUCCAGUAUCUGGGAAUAAAUGUGUCCGCACUUUCACUAACAGCGUUUACAGUGGAGAGAUAUAUUGCCAUCUGUCAUCCAAUGAAAGCUCAGUACAUCUGUACCCCGUCACGAGCCAAGCGAAUAAUUAUGUACUGCUGGAUGUUUGCUAUAGUGUACUGCUUCCCCUGGAUCUUCCUUGUACAUGUAGAGGACAGUUGUAUUCAAGGCUUUGGAAAGAUUUCGAAGUGCAAGUGGAAGAUGAACAGGUCCUCGGUGUACUACAAGAUCUUGUUCUUCUCUGACAUAAUCUUGUUCUACGUGAUCCCCCUGGUUCUCACCAGUAUCCUCUACUCCCUCAUAGCUCUUGUACUCAUCCGUUCAAGGAAUGGAGAAAUACUGACAAGUACAAGCAAGGCCAGAGUUCAGGUUAUAAAGAUGUUAGCUGCCGUCGUCAUUGUAUUUGCAUGCUUGUGGAUACCUUACAGGGGUAUACUGGUUUACAACACACUGGCUGGUAUGGUCGGAUACCCUAUCUAUAUGGAUCUAUGGUAUCUCAUGUUCGCCAAGACCUGUGCGUACAUCAACAGUGCAGUCAACCCUAUUCUCUACAACGCGAUGUCAACAAAGUUCCGUCGGGCAUUCAAACGUAUACUGUCUUGCCCUCCGGACUAUACUGUUCCAGUCUCACAUCAUCAUACUGCUCUAGCAGCCAGGGUUGAGAGGAGGAACCAGGAGAGAAUAAGACAGCAGUCGUCUUUGCACACAGAACCCACAAGAUACAACCACGUGCAUCGUCAAAGCAUGGAAACAAAGUUCUAAUUUCACAAAACUUGGUUUGCAUGAAAAAAAGAAAACAACUUCCUAAUUCUUUUAGUCAUGCACAUUAUUCCACAAAAUAAUAACAUAUAUUCUAUAAACUAGAAAAGGAAACAAUAACAACUCAAAAUAAAUUCCUUACUUUACAAAUAAUAGGCUGGAUUAGUUAGUAUAAAAACAUCUAACAAUCUUGUUUGAAAACAGUUUUCAAAUCAUUAGGAGAAACAAAAUCAUUAGGAGAAAAAAAAUUAAUUUCAUUAAAAUAUGUUAUUGUUAUAAUUCUUAUCAGAUUACAGGCUAAAGGAUGUAAGGCAAGGAAAGUCAUAUCAGAAGUGUACACAUCUUUAGUACAGCAGUGUACUGUCUCUGG